CCUCUCUGUCUUCCCCUCCUCUCUCCAUUUCUCUUUGUCCUAUCUAACAAUGACAACAUCAAUAACAAUAAUAACUAUAACAACAAUGAAAAACAACAAGGACAACAAAAGAGAAAAUAAAUAAAAUAUUAAAAAAAACAUGGAGGGAGUCAGGCGGUAGUACAGCAGGUUAAGCGCAGGUGGCGCAAAGUACAAGGACAUAAGCAUCCCAAUUCAAGCCCCCAGCUCUCCACCUGCAGGGGAGUCGCUUCACAAGUGGUGAAGCAGGUCUGCAGGUAUCUCUCUUUCUCUCCCCCUCUCUGUCUUCCCCUCCUCUCUCCAUUUCUCUCUGUCCUAUCCAACAAGGGCAACAAAAGGGAAUAAAUAAAUAAAUAAAUAAAUAAAACAUUAAGCAGAUGCUGGCAGGUAGGAAGAAUUAUGUGUUAGUGUAAUUUUGUUGUUUUUGACAGCUGUUACAUAUUAUUGUCAGUUACUUGUCUAGGUCAUGUUCUCCAGAACAAUGAAACAAAGCUCUGCCUGCAGGAGGUUUCUUGAGGGAUCCAAACUUGUAAUGGAGUAAGACAAGCAGAGCUGGGAAAGUAAACUGCGAUGAAGUCAGAGUCACAGCCUUAGCCCAUCCUACCUGGAGCUCUGAGAUUGGGGUAGCACUUCUCAGGCAUUCCACAUUUUGGCAACCCCUGGCUUUUCUAACACUCCAACACUGGUGGACCUAUUGAGACCUCAACACUACAGAUCAGACAGCUGGGGCACAAGUGCCUUUGUGGUUCUAGGUACUACAGUUUCCUGCAUUACCAUUAGCCUGCAGUUCCCUCAGUGGUCUCCUCUUUCAAGAUAAACACUGAUUUUUUUUUUCCACCAGGGCACUGCUCAGCUCUGGCUUAUGGUGGUGCUGGGGAUUGAACUUGGGACUUAUGGAACCUUGGGCAUAAAUGUCUCUCUGUAUAAUUAUCAGCUAUCUCCCCAGUCUGAUAAAUACAGCUUUUAUAGCCCUGUGACUUCAUUCCUUCCCUUACUACCUACACUUCACAGCAGCCUGUCUUCACUCUACUGUUGAGGCACACACCCCUCGGGGAGGCCUUAGCAUAGUUUUCACACUGUGAUGUUGUCUGCAUCUAUGUUUGCAUAGCCUGUUCUCUUCCCUGGGAGAUGGCUGUCUAGUUCAUGUCUGUGCCCUGAGCCCAAAGAAGUCCUUGGUGGGCUGGUCAGGACUCAAUGAUCACAGGGCUUACAGCCCUCCCCCAUGCCACUCUCCAGCCCCAGGAAGUUGUGCUUACACCUCCCCACCCCAUCUCCCACAGUGCAGAUGUUCUUUCCUGUUGGGAAUAAAGCACCAGAGACUCAGCUUCCUUCCUUUCUUCAUGUGGCCUUGGGGAGGGAGGGGCAUUGGAAGGAGGAGGGGGCUCCUGGGCACAGAGCUGGGACAGAGGCUUCCUUGAGGAGAGGACUACUGCUGCUGUUCUCUAAAGUAUGGGCCACUAGGCUCUGUGAGUCUGUGGAGGGAGUGCCCAGCUCUGGUGUGAAGGCCAGGGGAGAGCCAGCUUCAAGGCCAGGACUGUUUGUGGAGGAGGGAAACAGAACUGGAUGCCUGGUCAAGCCUGGUGAGUUCCACAUCAGCUGUUCUCAGCAGCUCAGAGCCUGAAUCCAGGCCCAGAGAGGUCUGUACCUACUCUGCCUUGCUGGACAUCUGAUCAGCCUGCAGGUGAAAGCUGCCCAGACUCACUUCAGCUUCUGCUCCUCCAGAGCAUGUCAUGGCCUCCGCAGCCAAGGAAGAAAGGCAGCCUGUACUUCGCCCUCUUCGCCCUGGACCUGAGUGGCCGGAGCAGGAAAGAGCAGAGCAGCUGGCUCGGGGAGCUGCACUCAAGUGGGCCUCGGGCAUCUUCUACCGACCGGAGCAGCUGGCCAGGCUAGGCCAGUACCGUAGCCGCGAGGUACAGCGGACCUGCUCCCUGGAAGCCCGGAUUAAGUCAGUGGUACAGUCAUACCUGGAGGGUGUGAAGACUGGUGUGUGGCAGCUGGCCCGGGCCCUCAACGCUGUGCAGGAAACCCGUGAAACUCUGGCCCAGGCCCGUGGGCUGCUCCAAGACAUGGCUGAGGCUGCACAGACUCUGGAGCCCCUGCGGGAGCAGUUUGCCAAGCACAGGCAGUUGCAGGCCCUCUCUCAGCUACUACCCCGGUUGAGGGCAGUGCCAGCUGUGGUGGCCCGCACACAGAUCCUGAUCGACACUCAGCAGUUCUUGGAAGCCUAUGUGAGCCUUCGGGAGCUGGAGCAACUUCAAGAGGAGACAUGGGAACCCCUGGGAGGCCUGGAGUUGCCAGUCUUUGAGGGAUUGGGUCCUUUGGCUGAAGCACUGGUUCAGGCUGUGGAGGUGGCAGCAGGGGCUGCAGGGCAGCUGGCACGGGAUGAUCCAGCCCUGCUGGUGGCUGCGGUGCGUGUGGCAGAGGUGGAAGCUGGGCGAACAGUCCCCCAGGGGCAGGCCCCCCGAGACUGGAGGUUUCGAUGUCUGCGGGCACUGCAGGAUGGUCUAGAACAGCUACACUUUGGGACACCUCUUCUACCUGGACCAGGGGCCCUGGCUGGGUGGCUUGAGGCUCUCCAGGUGGCCCUACCUGCUGAGAUGGCCACAGCUGAGGCUCUGGUGGCACCCUGCUGCCCGCCCCACUACAAGGUGGUCCAGCUGUGGGCCCGCACUCUGCAUAGCGGCUUGCGCCGCUGCCUACACCAACUCCUGGAGGGGCCAGAGCUGGAAGCUGCUGAUGCCUUCACCUUGCUGCAUUGGACACUGCAUGUGUACCUGGGGCCAGAAAUGAUGGGGAGUCUAGAGCUGGGGUCUGAAGCUGACGUGUCUCAUCUGGAGCCCCUGCUGACCAUGGAGAACAUAGAGCAGCUAGAAACAACAUUUGUGACAAAAGUCCAGGUAAAUGUGACUCAAUGGCUCCAGAAAGCACUGGAUGGGGAGGUAGCUGACUGGGGCCGAGAGCAAGAGCCCGACACAGACCCAUCUGGUUUCUACUACUCACCUAUGCCGGCCAUCGUGCUGCAGAUCCUGGAAGAGAACAUUCGUGUGACCAGCCUGGUCAGUGAGUCACUGCAGCGGCGGGUGCAUGGCAUGGCACUGUCAGAAUUGGGCGCAUUCCUGAGGAGCUUCAGUGAUGCUCUCAUCCGAUUCUCCAGAGACCACCUCAAGGGGGAAGCAGUGGCCCCUCAUUAUGUGCCCUAUCUACUGGCUGCACUUAACCACCAGUCAGCACUCAGCUCCUCCAUGUCCGUUCUGCAGCUCGACGGAUUGGUUUCAGGGGUCAUGGCUCCAGUGGAGGCAAUACUCGACGAGUUGCAGAGGAGAAUCUGCCGUCUGGUGCUGGAGGUACUGAUGGCAGAGCUUCAGCCCCUUUUUGAGGUUCUCCCUUCUCGCCAAUGGUUGUUGAGCUCUGAACUGCUGGACGAAGUGUGCAAGCGGACUGCCGGCUUCUGCAGGGACUUUUGGCGCGUGAGGAAUCCCGCGGUCCAGCUGUUACUGACCGAGGUGGAGCGGACCGUGGUGCUGCAGUACCUCCGGGCGCUGAUGCAGGGCCGCCUGGUGUGCCGGGGCGCGGAGGAGCGCGCCCAGGCGGCCGAGCGCCUGCAGCAGGAUGCCGCCCAACUUCGAGAGCUUUUCCUCGGCUUGGGCUUGGAGGAUGUCCAGUGCGUGCCUGUGCUGUUCGCCCUGCGGGAGCUACUGAAACUCCACGAUCCCACACUGCUCAGCCUGGAGGUGACAGGCCUUCGGCAACAGUUUCCCGACGUGAGCGAGGAUCACGUCUCCGCCCUCUUGGACCUGCGCGGGGAUGUGUCCCGGGAGCAGCGCCUGGCCGCACUCAGCUCUCUGCAGAUCGGCCCGCAGCCCUCGCCCUCCGCGGGUCGCCGUGCGCUCUUCAGCCUGGUGCCGGUACCUACGCCCGCACUGUCCUCCUGCCUCCCCUCGGGGCCCUGCGCCUGACCACAGGCUGCCCUGGAUGGAGUUGGGGGGCCGGGAAAGGGAAUGUCUGGGGAAGGAGGGGUGAAACAAUAAAAGUUUCAGCAAGGAGCCGGGUGGUGGCCUCCCUGGUUGAGCACACAUGUUACAAUGCUCAAGGAUCCGAGUUCAAGUCUCCAGUCUCUACCUGCAGGGGGAAAGCUUUGCAAGUGCCGAAGCACUGCUGCAGGUGUCUCUCUUUCUUUCUAUCUCCAUUACGCUCUUGAUUUCUG